AUGCCUGGCUUGGAGAUCCCAGGUGAAUUUCUACGCCAUGCGGUUCUCGACACAGUGGUCCCUCAUGCGCCAGCACUCGACAUCGAGGGGGCCCUGAGCUCGGCCCUAGAGGACGGAGCUGAUGACCUCCCCUCUGUUUUGUCUUCAAUUCCACAGCGAUGUCUCUUGUUUUUUGAUGAGUUUGUUCCCGUCCGCAUCGUUCUGCGACUGUCCGAUUGUUCAGAGACCAUCCUGAAACACUAUCUACCUCGGCUCGAAGUUAAGCUCGACGUGUUUGCAGUCGACCCGGCCGAGUCAGUUGCUGAAAACCCCACGCCAACCAGGGAUAUCAUAUUCUCAGGCAUAGUGCGCGGCGAAGAGGACCCACUCGUUGUGUUCAACGAAUUUGAGGGCGAGGAAGGCAGUGGUAACCAUGUUUACUUGGUCUGGAACAUUGAUGCCACGCUGAAGCGACCUCGUAUUCGCAUCCAACAACCAUCACUUCUAUUCAUUGCUUCAGCUAGCCUAAAUCCAUCAGAUGGCUGUCGCCAAGAGGACUCAGAGGAUGACUAUCUUCCGUCGCUCGUUGCAGCAUCGUCAAACAUGCUCCAGCCUUUGUCUGGCGACAAAUCAAUCAGUCACAAAGAGCCUUUUCUUCCUGCAUCCAGGCUAUUGAGGGUGGUACCAACUACAUACAACGAAGAUCCAAUAUAUAACAUUCAGCAACAACAUGGCCAACCUUUCCGUGUUGUCCCUGCAGCAAGUGCAAGAAUACGAUAUUCUCGACUUAAUUCAUACACUGGACUUCCAACAACCAUUGCCAGUCUCGACUUUGAAGUCACGCCGUUCCUGAGCAGCCAAGUCUCAUUUGACAAAGCAGAGCUUCACCUAUCUGAAGGAACAAUCGAGUCAUUGUCUGACAUACCAGGUCUUACUCUCCCAUUAAGAUGCUACCCACGAGAUGAUGUGACCCUCAUGUAUAAACUCACGCCAGAGUAUGGCCCGGAGACCAAUCCCUCGUCGACUGCCAUGUUCAGUAUGCUAGAUAUCUCACUUGGGGCAACUAUUCUUGUGGAUGAUGACUGCAAACCGCGCAUUUCUAUGCAGUGGAGGACCAAUGUCGACUUCUCAGUUGCCCUAAACCCUACCUAUGGAGGCCCGAGUCCGGCGUUACAAAGAAACAACAGACCUACUAGUCUGUCGAUGUCAACUCAAGUUGGUGUACCGCCUGCCAACCGCAGCUCCCUGCGGGAACGGGCAUACUCGGUCACCGAUGUGGGUGUAACUAUCUCUUUCUCAGGACCUAACCGUGUGCAAGUGGGAACUGUUUUCUCCUGGGGUGUGUUCAUUGUGAACCGAUCAAACGUUCCCCGCAAGUUCGCGUUGAUUGCAGUGCCAAGGAGGAAACGCGUGGAUCCGCGCGGGCAUGUUGCACGACCUUCCUCGUCAUCUAUCAACAGUCGAAAAGAGGAUCAUAUGGCCGAGGCAGUGACCGACGACAAUAUCGUUCAUGCCAGACAAAAGAGUGUAGCCGGCCAAGAAGUCGAGUUGAUCAGCUUGAGCACGGAUAUCCGCGUGGGUCCUCUCAUGCCGGGAACCUGCCACUCGACCGAACUCAAACUCCUGCCACUGGCUACUGGACCCCUUCACUUGGAGGCUGUCCGGCUUGUAGAUGUGAACACGAACGAAACGACCGAUAUCCGGGACCUUCCGGACAUCUUGGCGGAUGAUCAGCUUCGCUCUAGUUGA